ACAUUGCUCAAAGAUCCCCAGUUGUCCUCAAUCGUCACCAAUCCUCAUGUGAAACGUGCAGCCAAGCAAAAGACGGUGAGCGGGGCCCUUCAGCGUGCCGGAGUGUCCAAGCUGACCACCAACUUCCGUGCCGGAGUGUCCAAGCUGACCACCAACUUCGUCAAUCUGCUGGCUGAGAAUGGCCGACUGUCCAAGACCCGUGGGGUCUUGGACGCGUUUGGGCAGCUGAUGAGCGCUCACCGUGGUGAAGUGUCCUGCACCAUCACUACGGCACAGGCCCUGGAUGCGGCUACGCUAGCGGAGCUGAAGACCGUCCUGACUGGUUUCCUGAAACAGGGGGAGGUCCUGAAACUUCAGACAAAGACCGACCCAUCUCUGAUGGGUGGCAUGCUCGUGAACAUUGCCGACAAGUUUGUGGAUUUGUCCGUCAAGGCGAAGGUUCAGAAGUUGGCCCGCCUGCUCAGAGAGACAGCCUAGACAGACACAGAGACACACACAGAGACACACACAGAGACACAGAGACACACACAGAGACACACACAGAGACACACACAGAGA